AUGGCCGCAUUUCUGGGCCAUCUGUUCAACGUUCUGGGUUUCGCCGCGCUUGUUUCCCUUCACCACACCAUGCGCACACGAUACCCAGACCACCAACUGCCCCAAUUCUUCGUCGAGAUCACCUGCGCUGUUGUGGCCAUGCUCAUUCAGGUCAUGUUGCCCAAAGGGAACCGCUUCGCCAACUGGCUGUGGCAGUUCAUCCUCGUUCUCCGCUGGUGGCCACUCAUGCUUCCACCCAUCCUCUUGUCUCCUGUCAACAAAUUCCUCCUCACUCUCGCCUGUCACUACACCAAUGGCUGGCCGAGAUGGUGGAUGUACCCGCUCAUCCUCAGAUUCUCCUUUCCGCUGCAUGUCUUUUUCGCGCCAGUGACGGAAGAAUAG